UCAGGUUAGGCUUGUACCUUUGCUAUCAUGUCGGCGGUGAUGAUAACACGGAAGCCUACUCGAAAAUGGGAGAAAUUACCUGGGAAAAACACCUUCUGCUGCGAUGGACUGGUUAUGAUGGCUCGGCAGAAAGGAGUAUUUUACCUGACCUUAUUUCUCAUCGUUGGAACCUGCUCUCUGUUCUUCUCCUUUGAGUGCCCGUACCUGGCAGUGCACCUGUCUCCUGCCAUCCCUGUGUUUGCAGUGUUGCUCUUCCACAUUGUCAUGGCCAUGCUGCUCCGAACCAGCUUCAGUGACCCAGGGGUGCUGCCACGGGCCUUGCCGGAGGAGGCCAACUUCAUUGAGAUGGAAAUCGAAGCGGCCAAUGGGAACGUCUUGGCUGGACAGCGGCCUCCACCCCGCAUCAAGAAUGUGCAAAUUAACAACCAGAUCGUCAAGCUGAAGUACUGCUACACCUGCAAGAUCUUCAGACCCCCUCGUGCUUCCCAUUGCAGCAUCUGUGACAACUGCGUGGACCGGUUUGACCAUCACUGUCCCUGGGUCGGAAACUGCGUAGGAAAGAGGAAUUACAGAUAUUUCUACUUGUUCACACUCUCUCUGUCUCUGCUUACCAUCUACAUCUUCGCCUUCAACAUCGUCCAUGUGGUUCUACGUUCUGUAGACUCUGGAUUUGUGAAUACCCUUAAAGAAACUCCCGGAACUGUGUUGGAGGUUCUGGUGUGUUUUUUCACGAUCUGGUCUGUGGUGGGAUUGACUGGUUUCCACACCUACUUGAUCUCCCUCAACCAGACCACCAAUGAGGACAUCAAAGGCUCGUGGUCUGGAAAGAACCGUGUGCAGAACCCAUACAGUCAUAAGAACAUCAUCAAGAACUGCUGUGAGGUUCUGUGCAGUCCUACUUUCCCUAGUGUGUUGGACAGAAGAGGGGUGAUGCUGGAAGACUCAUCUAGCCCCACCCACUCUGAUGCGUCUGCUGCUUCCACCCAUAAGAGCAGCAACCCUGUUUCACAAACCACAAAAUCCUCAGCUCCGCUGAUUCCCAAUGAACACACCCCUGAUGAAGCCAAACCUGGCAUUGGUGCAGGCACCCAGAAGAGCACCAGCUCCCCUAAAGGAGAGAAACCCCCUUCACCAACAUCCCCCAAUGCUGUCGCCCCUGCAGUCAUCAAAGAGUCGACCCACUAGUCUCCAGACUUCUCUCAACCCUCUGAAUGUGCUCACAAAAAGGAACACACACAGAAAAUCUUGUGAUUCGUUUAGAGCAGUGGCCUAUGUUCUCUGAUACUCUUUCACAGAACGGGACCCCCUCUGGCCGGAUCCUGCACUAACACUCAAGACAAGUUCAGGUUUUGAGACUUUCCUCUCUGAAUCACAGCAUGAUGAAACUCACAUUGAGGGAAAUGGGGAGCCAUAGACUGAAUGAGAUGAGAAUGGGCUACCCUGAAGCGUAAUGAGGACAUUAUUUCCCUCGAAAGAGCUUGUGAAAUGUUUGGUUGAUUUUUCAGUGUCAUUACCCGUUUCUGUAUAGCCUGCCUCCAUUAUUCAUAGCCCUUUGUGUGCCCUGUGAAACCCAUUACAAGCUUCUAUAGUAGUUGUGCGAAA